AUGGGGUACGCGCAGCUCGUCAUCGGCCCCGCUGGGAGCGGCAAGUCAACUUAUUGCUCCAGUUUGCACGACCAUUGCCAGACUGUGGGCAGGACAAUUCAUAUUGUCAAUCUCGAUCCAGCUGCUGAGCACUUUGACUAUCCUGUAGAUAUGGAUAUCAGAGAGCUGAUUUCAUUGGAUGAUGUUAUGGAGGAGAUUGGGCUGGGGCCAAAUGGUGGUCUCAUCUACUGCAUGGAGCACCUAGAAGACAGCUUGGAUGAUUGGUUUGAUGAACAGCUAGAGAACUACUUGGAUGAUGACUAUCUUGUGUUUGAUUGCCCUGGCCAGAUUGAACUCUUCACGCAUGUUCCAGUUCUGCAGAGCGGAACUUUGUUGAGCACCUGA